ACACACUCCCAUGCAUACGAACACACACGUACAACAUUUCGCAGUUGGCAUUUUCAGCUGUUCAUUGCACUCAAAGUCGUUUUUUGUUGAAAGCAAAUUUUGCAACUUCGCGAAAAUUGUGCAAAACGUCUGCAAGCCAGAUGGAAGAAUGGAAUUUAAAGUGAGCUUUACUGAUAUUGUAACUAACAGUUUGCGGUAAACGACUAACUUGGCCGCUACGUAUUUGAAGAGACCAGAAAAUAUGGCCAGUUACCCACACUGCGCUGUGCGCGUUAAAGUCAAGAAAUGCGAACUGAAUCUGCCAUGUGAAUGGCGUAAAUUUAGUGUCGAUCCGCAAAUCACAUCACUGGAAGUGCUCUAUUCGUUGCUCGCUAAAGCAUUUGACAUUAAAUCAGAUUUCUCUAUCAAAUAUAAAGCCUUUGAUCCAGCAGGCAAUGAGAUUUACUUAUCUGUGCUGUCCGAUUGGGAUUUGGAUGCGGCCUUCUUGCGCAUACAUAAUCUCUCCAUACAAACAGCUACAGAACCAUGUCUAAUGCUGCAAAUCGACAUUAAACCAUUUACCGAGGUACGAGAAUGGGAUAUUGACGCAACAGUCACAUCCACUGUUCUAGCCAAUAGUAGUGGUGGUAGUGGUAGCACGAGUGUCAAUACACUUUCACCCAGUUUUUCGGCAAAUACGGGUGUGCGUGAUGCAAUCUCACCGCUACAACAGUCUAUAGGUGCAUCACAAAAAUAUGUGCAGAAUAUGCAAACAAAACUACCGGGACUCAUAAUGAACCAUAUGGAGAAAACUUUUUCAAUUGUGCAAAAAGCUUUCAAUUUGUCGGAAGAGACAAUGGCGUCAUUACCGCCACGACCACCCUUAUCUGACAAUGAGUUUCGUUUAUUUUUGGACGCACUGGGACAAAUCAAACGUAACGAUGAAUUACGAAAAGUCAUAUUUCUGGGCGGUAUUGAUCCAAGCUUGCGACGCGUGGUGUGGAAACAUAUUUUGAAUGUCUAUCCGCAUGGCAUGAACGGUCAUCAGCGUAUGGAUUAUAUGCGUAGAAAGUCGGAACAGUAUAUAAAGUUACGUGAUACGUGGAUAAAUGCUGUAAAGCAAGGUUGUAUCGCCGGCGAAUUGUCGUAUGUCACAAGCAUGGUGAAGAAGGACGUACUGCGUACGGAUCGACUGCAUCCCUUCUACGCCGGCAGCGAUGACAAUCAAAACAUAGCAUCACUUUUCAAUAUUUUAACAACCUAUGCGCUCAAUCAUCCCUCUGUGAGUUAUUGUCAAGGCAUGUCGGAUAUCGCCUCACCACUACUGGUAACCAUGAACGAUGAGUCGCAGGCUUAUAUCUGCUUCUGUGCCAUAAUGUCACGUGUAAAAGGUAAUUUCAUGUUGGAUGGCAUAGCCAUGACACAAAAGUUCACACACCUCACUGAAGCGCUUAGUUUUUACGAUCCGGAGUUUUGGGAGUAUUUAAAAUCGCAGCAGGCCGAUGACUUACUCUACUGCUAUCGUUGGUUAUUGUUAGAAUUGAAGCGCGAAUUUCCGUUCGAUGAUGCGCUGCGCAUGCUUGAAGUGCAAUGGAGCGCACUGAAGUAUGAGACCAGCAUUUGCAAAGAACUGAAUUUAUUUGAAAAGGAGUUUGUGCCUUUUUCAGAAAGCCCUGCACCUACUAGCUCCAGCUCACAAUCUAGUUCGUAUGGUGCACCAAUUAGUCCCUCCUAUUUGCUGGUGAAGCCGCGUGAAAACCCCUACACUAAGGUAUGCGCACUUCGCCGACAAAGCUCAUCGGCCUCACUGAAUUCGCUGAGCUCCUCGCUGAGUGCUGGCGGAGGCGUACUAAAUAGCUUGCGUUUAGAUGCAACAAAACGUCUCAAUCAGAGUCUCGAUGAUAACAUGCCACGCGCAGUCGCCUGCCGAAGACGUCAUUCAUCAAAAGCCCAUCAAAGUCUAGACGAGUCCAAAAUGCUUUUGCUAAUGGAGGGCAUGGAGGAUGUAAAAAAUGAAGAGGCAAAUAAUUUAACGUCCAAAACCAAAGUGGAGGAGUGUGCGACGUUUGUUGAGGAUGACGAUGUGUUCGCCAGCGGCGAAAGCAGCGCUAAUCAAGAUUCGAAUGAUAUUGAACACUUCAAUUUUCAUCCAACAAAUCCAUUCCUAGAAGAUGGCAUUACGAAAGAAGAAAUAGUUAAAGUGACGUCACAAUCACCAAAAUGUGUCAAUGCGGCAACAUUAAAUGAAAGUGAUGCAGGUGAAAGCGUAGGUGAAAACGGACUUAUGGCAAAAAUACCACAACUUCCAAAGGGUAUAGCGAAAUUGCAAAAUAAGAACAUCUUAUCGAACUAUAACACUGUAAGCAAUAUAAUAGCCAAACAAAUUGCGAAUGCUUCCAACGUGGGUGAUAGCGUGCGACGCGUAAGCAGCGGCGGCGGUGGUCAUUUCAGGGACCUUAAAGAAAAAAUUGCGGCAACGAGCAGAAAAGGCAUCUCCUUCGAUGAGCUGAGCAACACCGAGAAAUCACAACAGAAAUUGGUAAAAAACUUUAAUGAAUUUCUCAACUUCGCUUCAAUGAAUAAAAAUCGCAUUGCGGAUAAGUUCGUUGCGACGCCGCCGACCAUAACUGGCAACAAUGACGCCAGUCUGAAUGCCUACGACAAAGACAAAUCGAAAACACCUUCACCGACACACGCCUACAAGUCAACAACCGCCCAGACAACACCACACCCGCUCGUGCAGCUAACGCGCAGCGGCUUCGUCUCAUCACUCGAUGAAUCCGAUUCAUCAUCGGUGCCCGACACGACAUGGAGCGGCUCUACCGCCGCUACAGCAAUACAACAGACCAACAAUGCCAGUAAUAAUAGUUUACACAUAGAACUUGCAUCGCUCGACUCCUCGACCGCACACACACCCGAUCGCACACCCACAUACGAACGUAAAGCUGAUGGCGAAGAGUUACCGGAAGCAUGCGUAGCCAGCUUUAGCACAUUAGCAGAUGUGAAACACACACCCACAAGUAACUUGUCCGCUGAACCAAGUUUGACGCCUGACGAUAGUCAAGAUCAAGAGUAUUACCCGAUGACAACAGCUAUCACGCGUGAGUUACGUUUAGAAGCGGACAAUUUGGAUCGUCAAGUGUUUGGUGAGCCUGCCGAUAAGCAGACAGUCGUCAAUUGCGAGUUUGAAUAUGAAAAACUCGACAGAGACUCCCUGGACUUGGUAGAGGAUCUCAAAGAAAAUGAGAUUGUGGCAUGUCCCGACAUUAGCGAAUUACUCAUACGUCGUCGCAGCCGUAAUAGUCGUACGAGAAGCAGUAUAGAACCGCUACAGCAUGUAACAACGAGCAGUGCUUGGCAAGAUGCUGCUGAGCUGCCCAAUACUAUAAUGGAUAGCAAUUCAAAUGGCACGGACACAGCGGCAGCGGCACUGGCGGAGCGUAGUGUGCUCAAUCCCUUCGUCGAUCCGACUGUUUGUCCACUGGUAGAUUUACCCAACAGUAGCAGUUUGCCCGAAGUGUUAAUGCCGAUAUCCACAGAAACCGCCAACGCAUCACCAGUAGAAUUGGCCACCAAUGCAGUUGAUGAGAUUGCCUUUACGAAACCACCACUGGCUGCUGACGAACGUGCAGCUGGUAGUACGGGUAUAGUAGGUGCAAGAACUCCAGUUUUACCACCACCCAACGAAUUCGGUGGUGGCAAUCCUUUCUUGAUGUUUCUCUGCCUAACGCUACUGCUGCAGCAUCGCCAAACAAUUAUGAAAAGCGGCAUGGAUUACAAUGAGAUUGCAAUGCAUUUCGACAAGAUGGUGCGCAAGCACGAUGUUACGCGUGUGUUGAAUCAAGCGCGUCGCAUGUACAUUAACUAUCUGAAAGAGCAAAAUGCCUAUAAGCAGCAGCUUCAGCAGGCCACUGAGGAGACAACAACAAGCAAUGAUAUAAAUAGGAAUUCCAAAGCGCAUGAAGUGGCAGUGCAGCAGCGCACCGGCGCAAGCUACAGUGGCGUGGUCGGCACGGCAACAAAGUCGUAGAGCAGCCAGACGAACGGGGUUAAAAUCUGUGUGUGAAUGCAGCGGUCCCGAAAGAGCUAGAGAAAAAACACCAAAGAAUUUUUUAAUUAACUCACGUACUUAAGCAGCCACGAAUUUGUUUUUAUGAGAUUUUUUAUUGUGUAUUUUUUUUAUUAUAUUUUUUUUUGUCUAUUUUAUUUUAUUAUAUUUUUUUUUGUGUAUUUUUUUUUAUUUUUAUUUUUUUUUUUGGUUAUUAAAAUCUGGUUUAAAAAAAGAAUAUAUUUCCAGACAUGAAAAACGUUUUUUGCCCCAGAAGACUUUUAGAUUUAGACAAUGCAGCGGGUCAGUGAAAGGGAUGCGGCGCGUUUGAGUAUAAGAAACUCAAUCUGCUGAAUAUUUGUUGUGUUGAAAUAAUUAUCGUGAUUAAAUUAGUGACGCUAGAGAUUUACAGAGAUUUUCACUGGGCUUAAAUUUGCUUUUGAGCCCACUAUUUCUUUUUAUUUAUUUCAUGUUUGUUAUUUAAUAUAGUAUUUUCUGUGUUAUUUUUGUUGAAUUUUAUUUGUUGUUUUUGCCGCAUUGCUCUCACUGUCUGCAUGCACAAAUUUUAAAUGUGCGUUUAUAGUAAUUACUUUUUUUAACUUGUACAAUACUUAAAUUAUAAAUAUUUUUGCACUGCUAAUUAGAACAACUUUCAUUACAUUCCAUUUGCAAAGAAAUUUUCAUAAAUAUUUAACGCUUCUAUUUUACAAUCAUUAUUAAUUGAACACACAUGCAUAUGCGUAAUAUUAGUAAGUUAAGCAAGGUUUUUUGAAUAUUACGAUUUCAAUAUUUUUGAUGUGACUAAUAAAAAUUAAAUUACAAAAAUCUUAUUGAUUAAAAAAAUUAAAAUAAGAAAAUUAUUAAAUACUUCGAUAUAAAAUAUUUAGAUUCGCUUAAAUUGGUUAUGUGUAUAUACAUAUGUAUAUACAUAGAAACAAAAUUAAAUAAUAAAUGAAAAAUUAAGACUUAAGUCUAUUGGUUAACUUUAUCACAUAAUCUGUAUGGUAAAUAAUAAGCAAAACAAAUAAACAUUUACUCUCUAACAUAAAAGAAAAACACAAGCCAAAGUUUCAAUUGCAACGGAAUUAUAUUCUAUAAAAAUAGAGUUUUUUUUUAUUCAAAUUAAAUAUUUUUAAAUUUGAGUAAAAUAGUUAGUAGGAGUUUCAACCACUUGCAGCUGUUUUGAUACCGCAAGAAGAUACGUAAGGUGCCAAAUUUAUUGCUUCCUUUUGUUUUGAGGUUAAAUUAUCACAUUAAUUGCAGGUUGAGUUGAUAUAGGUGCAACUUACAAAUGCAGAAAAUAAUUCUUGCUUAUUAAUUCAUAAAAAAACCUUUUAAUUUAAAAUUUCCAUUAUAACCACAAAACAAAGUAGUAAUAUAUAAGUUUCCGUAUUAACUAUUUUAGAAGUGAAGGACGGAUACACGCU